AAACUCACAAUACCGAAAUAAAAGCAUCAGAUUCUAAAGCAAAUAAAAAAAAGUCAAGAACAUCACACAUGUCCACAUAUUCUCAAAAAUUAAAUGAACAACGACCAGAAUUAAAUGAACCGUGACGCGAAUUAAAUGAACAUUUAAAUGAAGAACAAACAAGUGACUGCUAGUGUAAAAUGUACUGUUUUGGAUGAUAUUUCGUGAAGAUUUUGUGAAAACGGAAUGAAGAACGAAAAGACGUAUUUCUGGUCGAUGCUGCACGCACUGGCGCUUUUACCGACUAUGGCUUUAAAAGAUUCUCAAAUGACGACAAAGAAGUUUUCAGAAGAGCCUGAGUUUGAGCGUCCUAUCGGUAACCACACGUUCUUCUUGGGGAGAGAAGCAGUACUAGGAUGUGCCGUCACAAACCUUGCCAAACACAAAGUAGGCUGGCUUCGAGCAGAAGACCAGACAGUCCUCACAAUGCACGACCGAGCAGUCCUAAGCGCGAGGUACUCCGUCCACAUGGACGCGCCCAGGACUUGGCAGUUGAGGAUUAGACCGCUGAGGGCUGAGGACCGUGGCUGCUACAUGUGUCAGAUCAACACGCAGCCUAGUAUGAAGUGGCAGAUUGGGUGUAUCGAUGUUUACGUGCCACCUGAUAUUAUGAGUGACGAGACUUCGGGAGAUGUGUCGGUCCAAGAGUUGGAGAAUGCGACGCUUACCUGCAAGGCGACGGGUCACCCGCCUCCAAAGAUCACGUGGAGGAGAGAGGACCACGAACCUGUGUUGCUGAAGAAGCCACAAUCUAGGGAGUUUGAUAAAGUGGAAAGCUACGUGGGCAGCUCGCUGCCACUGUGGCGCGUGGACCGGCGGCAGAUGGGCGCGUUCCUGUGCAUCGCCGCCAACGACGUGCCGCCUGCCGUCAGCAAGCGCAUCAUACUUAAUGUUAACUUUGCACCUACAGUAAAAGUACCCAACCAGUUGUUGGGAGCACCGCUUGGCACCGACGUUAAGCUAAAAUGUUACGUAGAGGCCCAUCCCAACACCAUCAACUAUUGGAUCAAGAAUAGAGGAGAGAUGUUGCUUGAUGGGCCAAAAUACACAAUAACAGAAGAGAAGGUCUCCUACCAGGUGACGAUGUGGCUGACCAUCAGACAGUUCUCUAGAAGUGACAUCGGUACUUACAACUGUGUGAGCACCAACUCGCUCGGCAAGAGUGAGGGCACGCUCAGACUUUAUGAAAUAAAACUGAAUUCAUAUUCAGAAGAUUUUGGAAAUCAGAUCAGCGUUGCUGGUGGUCUGACAGAAGCAGCAAAAGGUGGUUGCCAACCAGUCCACCAGAGGGCAGUGUUAUCGCUAAUACUAUGUUAUGUUACCCUGCUAUACUUGUUUACGUAGUUAAUAUUACUCUGUACAUAAUUGUUAGGAGAUGUGUGGUGUGACGUAAAUUGUGACAUAUUUUAGUUAAAAUUAAAGUGAUAUUUUAGUAUGUUUUUCUGUUUUGUGUUGGGUAAUUUACCAUGUAAAAUAUAUAGAGUGCCAACAAAUAAGCAAUUAUUAUUAUCCUUUCCAGUUUAUAAAGUUUUAUAUUAUCGUCACUAUUUAUAUGGUCCCGCCUCUACUUGUCACAGAAAUAAUAUGUUUUCUCGUUUUCUUGUUAUUUCUACUAGUGUUGGAGUGCGUGUUUUUUCAUUAAAGGUUUUCUGGAACUAUCGUAAAAACUGAAAUUUUCCAUGAACAAAUCAAAACAGAAAUAAAGAUAUAUAACCGUUUCGUGGUUUUUCCAGGUAUUCCAUAACUGAACAAUUUUUUUUGUGAGUAAACUACUGGGAAUAACAAUCACUGUAACCCUUUUAUCUUCAGCUAUUUUUUCAUACUAUUUGUCAGAAAUAAAAAUGGUGUUUUUCAACAGAAUUCAAAAUUUUGGCUGUUACGUAAAAAUACCUUUGAGACUAAGAGCCCAACUCAUUGCAAACUUUAGUCGGCCGAUAGUUUGUUUGAGCUCAUAAAUUAGUAUGAAGAUGAAUAUUAGUAAGCACAUGACAACCAUCAGCUUUUUGGCCGGCAUCAAACCGACUAAAAACUUCUUUCUUUACAAAAAUGUUGUCCUAUCAUUAGGCCAACUGUCGGCCAAUUGUCCUAUAUUCAGUAUGCGGGUAAGCUUAGUAUACCUAGAAUUUUGACCUAAAAUUCGUUUCACUUCAAGUCAAAAACCUAUGAAUAGUUAUCACGUGUAGGUACGGUAAAUUCUAAACAUAACAUCAUCUAUUUUCGUCCAUCCAAAAAUGACCAAUUUACGUCACACCACACCGUCUCACGCUUAAAAAUUAAAAACGAGGAAACGUAAUUCAAUUACUUUGUUUCAAUUCUUGUAAAUAUUGUCUUAAGGUAUAUCUUUAAAUGUAAUGUAAUGACAACGAUAAAAAUAAUUGUGAGAUUAGAUCGUGUAUUCGCUUAGAAAACCAGCCAAAUUGAAAUAUUGUUUACGUAUAAAAAUAAAAUGUAAACUCAUCGCUCGAUUAUAAGACUGUUUACAACAAAUAAAAAGGAUGGUAAAAAU